AUGGGACAAAGACUAAAUUAUGACUGGACCGUUAGGACCAAAGUUAAUUUGGAACAAUGUCUUGAGGCUUGGUAUUACUUUGCUGGCGUUCCUCUUUGUGAUGUCGCUGAUCAUCGUUGUUCUGCAUUAAGAUAUUUAUAUUCAUUUUUCUCAUUGGUCGAUUUAGUUACUAUAUUACCAUUGUUUAUCGAUAUUGCAACAGGACAUCUACAUGAGAUACUUCAAUCAUUUCAAUUCCUACGUGUAUUACGUGUUAUUCGUAUUUUGAGAUUAUCAAGAGUGUUACAUUAUUUCAAAAAUGAGGUGACAAAAUACACAUUUAAAGCAUUCAUUGUUGUAUUUACAUUUAUUAUUGUAUUAGCAGGUUUCUAUAUGAAUAUUGAGACUAAUCCAAGUUCAGUACCAAGUGGUAAACCAUUAAAGUUUCAUCAAACUGUUUACUUUUUAGUGGUGACAUUGGCAACUGUAGGUUAUGGUGAUAUCUAUCCAUCUACUGCACUCGGUCAAGUCACCAUCACAUUGGCACUCUCAAUUGGUGCAGGUGUAUUGAUUCCCUAUCACGUUUCAAAACUAAUGGAAAAGUUACAACAAGAUUCACCGUUCUUAAGAAACUUAUCGUCAACAGGUGUUACAGGACAUGUUUUCUAUUGUGGUGAAUUCUCAUUUUCACAUUUCAUGGAUUUUCUCUCGGAGUUCUAUCAUGAGCGACACGGUCGUCUGAAGAAGGAGGUCGUUCUACUAUGUCCGAAUCCACCCGACGAUAAAUUGAAAUCGUUGCUACUACAUCCUUUCUAUAAGAAGCGUAUUAUCUAUCUGCAGGGAUCACCGCUAUUCGAACAGGAUCUCGAGAGAACCAAGUUGAUGAAAGCCGAUGCCUGUUUCAUUGCUAUGCCACCCUCGUGGAACCGCGGUGACACUGACAACGUGCUGUGUUCGUACGCUGUGAAAUCGAUGAACAAGAAUCUCAAUGUAUUCUCGAAUCUUGUGUCUUCCAAAAACAAAAACAAAGCACCGUUCCUCAAAGGUACCAUUUGUAUGGAGGAAUUCAGAGGUGCCAUCCUAGCACAAUCCAUCAUCUGUCCGGGUUACAACGUUUUCUUCUCCAAUCUUUUCACCUCUAGAAAUAUUCCAAAUAUCGUUCAAGUUAAAUGGUUAACUGAAUAUUAUUAUGGAUGUAAUAAUUCAAUUUUCGUAUUAAAAGUACCAGAUUUCUUGGUUGGUGAAACAUUGACAGAUGUAAUCUUAUCUAUGUAUUAUGGAAAUGGAAGUUUACUGAUUGGUUUGUUCAUUCCAACGGAAGGUGUUGCAGGUCGUGGAAAAUUCUAUCUCAAUCCAUCGGGCGCCACUGUUAUCACCAAGAAUAUGAGUAUGGCUGUCAUUUCACAUACCUAUUUCAAGUCGAGCACCACCUCUAAAGACAUGUUGGCGGAUCAAUCCGAUCGACGUAGUACCUUCACCUACAAGAUUGCGAAAUUCUUUAACAAGCUGACCGUACCCGAUCUGCAUUUGCUCAACAAUCACGACGACCAGCACGUCCAACAAGAGAAUCAGUUGGUCAUCAACGAAUCGCUGUCCACUUUCAUCAGAGGAACUGCAAGCUCAAAGACUGCCAACCAACAGACCAAACAACGUUAUGUGACGAACCAGCUGAGCGCUCAACAUAAGAAGCCAAUCACCGAGCUUGCCGACCAGGAGUUGUUCGAGUUGAAAGAGGAAGUCGAAGAGUUCACACAGAAGGAUCUAGUCAAGAAUUUGUGUCUCACCGAGUACGGAGGUGACUGGAUUGCGCUACUCUCUGACGUCUCGCAACAAAAGACAAACGAUCCAAAGAUCGAUAAGAUCCAAGAGAGAAUCAAGUUUAUCAUUGACAAGCAUUCGCUACUCACCUUUACACUCCACGGUAAAUACAACCAGACCAAAGACGGAUCGCGUGAGAUGAAGAAACACAUGUUGAUCGUCACCAAGUCAAUGAAAGGUUUGGAGUUGCUCUUGCAUCACAUUAGACUGCCCUAUGUCACUUCAAUCAAAGCAUCCAACUCCUACAGCGGAAGAGUACAACCGAUUGUCGUACUCUACAAAGAGGAACCGGAAGACGAGUCGUGGUACGACACCGUCAAGACACUCCCACUGAUUGCAUUCAUCAAGGGAUCGGCAUCGAAUCAGAACGAUCUCAACAAAUGUAGUGCAAGAAGCGCCGAAACUAUCAUUAUCACCUCCAAUCCAUACGACCAAUGUGACACCACACAAAUCGAUUCCUUCACGCUGAUGUCGUACGUCGAUAUCGUCAAGGUGAACAACACCGCCAAGAUCAUCACCGAGCUGAUACACGAACCCAACAUCCGUUUCCUCGAGAAGAACAUGAAGAACUUGGGUGGUUCCAAGCUGCAAUCCUACUUGCAGACCAACAAGAACCGUGAUAUCAAACCCGAGUUCUUCUACACGCCACACUACGCCAGCGGACGUGUCAACACGUACACCGUGCUCGACAGUCUCAUGGUGCAGGCGCACUACAACGACGACAUCACAACGAUCGCCAAGGAAUUGGCAUUCGGAGUCAACGGACUCUACCAGAAUCACCAUAGUCUCGGUCUGAGCAACCAAAUGACCAACGAAGACUCCAAGUGCUACUCGCGCAUGCUCAAGAUUCCCUCGAUGUACCACGGCCGAACCUACGGUGAACUAAUGAAAAACUUUUUGCAACAAAAGAACAUCCUGGUGGUCGGACUAUUCAGAUCCAAAGACCCUAUGGGUGCUCCACUCCCCUAUAUUUUUACAUGUCCACAUCCAACCACAAUUUUACAUGAAAAUGAUAAAGUAUUUGUAUUCUCAAUCAAUGAUAUCACAAAUGAGUACAAUUAG